UUCUUUGAAAGUGUCCUCUUGUUCUUUUCUACUUCGUGUAUUUUAACGUGCAAUGCGGAGACAGGUUUCGUAGACGGUAAAAUGAAUCUGAUUUUAGAAGAAUUGAAUUCAUUAAGGAAGACCUUUUUUGCGCUCGAGAACAUGGUUCUUCACCAAAGUGACAUUAUUGGUGACCUCAAAGAACGAAAUAUUCUCCAAGAAAGACGAAUAUCAGAACUAGAAGCUGCCCAACAUAGACAAGACAAAGUCUGCGAUGAGAUGAAAAUCCGACUGGAGAAAACAGAAUCUAGAUUACACAGCCACUUUUCUGUGUCUUCAGUUACUACCAACAUUACAACUAAAUCAACUGGAGAAGAUAUCCCUGAUAGAAGAAUAGUUAGAUCAGGACGUCUUCUGAUGAAUACCAUUAGCAAUGGAAUGCCUUCGUAUGAGGAGGGCGUAAUAGCUUUUUAUGCCCAGAUGUCCUCAUCAGAAAUAAGUCCAGGCGCUCACCAUACGCUUAUCUUUGAUAAAGUACGCACUAAUGUUGGCAACGGAUAUAAUGGCGUCACUGGGGUCUUUACUGCACCAAAAGAGGGAAUCUAUGCAUUUAUCUGGGUCAUUAGAAUGCUUAAUGCCGAACAUUCCACAGAGUUAAUGAUUAACAACGAUAUCUUGGGUGCUACAUUUUUGCGCGCCAAAAACAAUGACGACGGAUCAGUGAGCGGCACCGCUAUUGCGCAUGUCGCGAGAGGAGAUGUUGUUUUUGUGCGCAUCCAUUCCACGUAUGCUGGGGAUGGUAACGUCCUUAGCAAUCUGCAUGGCAAGCCAACAUUUUCUGGGUGGUUACUGCACUAGUUUAUAAAUGGGAUCACGAUAAGGAUUUCUGGUCCGCUACCAUACUGUGUGAAAAGAUUCCUGGCCGAUCAGAAACCUUUAGGCCUUUAACCAUCAA